UGGAUGGCAAGAUGGCGACACUUUCGUUGUUCUAGGACCCAAUCUAAACUUCCUGCUCUUUGGAGAAGAAAGAUUCAGAGGAAUAAAGACCGUCCUCAAGUUUAACAUCAAGAACCAGCACCAAAUUGAACCAGGAUUCCAUCUUCCUUGGAAAUAAAAACUUGGACACACUCUUUAACAUCAUAAAAGUACUAAAUCUAAGGUUGCUUCAAAAUGACUGAGGUAGAGCAGAAGCAAACUAACAACAGCCCUGCAAGCAACAAUGGUGCACCCGCUGUCGGAAACAACACUUCAGACCAGACUUCUGUUAAGAAGGAAUCGACAGAUCCAAAGGAGUCACAACAGGCAAAUGGUGCUAGUGCUCCGCCGCCACCGCCUAAAAAGAUUCUUGUCAAAGGUGUUACCGGUACCGUAAAGUGGUUCAAUGUGAAAAACGGAUAUGGGUUCAUUUCCCGGAAUGACAAAGAAAACGAAGAUGUCUUUGUUCACCAGACUGCUAUUGCUAAGAAUAACCCUAAUAAGGCAGUUCGCAGUGUUGGGGAUGGUGAAACAGUUGAAUUUGACAUCGUCGAAGGAGAGAAGGGAAAUGAAGCUGCAAAUGUUACUGGAGUCGGGGGUGGCCCUGUAAAAGGAAGCCAGUAUGCAGCUGAAAAAAGGUAUUACGCUGGACGUCGUCGCGGAGGUUAUUACAUGAGGGGGAGAAGAGAUAGUGGGAGACGAACUCGAUCUAAUGGGAGACGCGAUUUCAAAAAUAAAGAUGAGCAAGGUUUUGAAAGUAACCCUGAUAGUGGAGUUGAAAAACAAGACCAAGAACAAGGUGAACAAAGACCUAGGAGGGCCCGACGACCAAUGUACCGACGGUAUUACCCAAGACCUCGUGGGGGUCAACCAAGAGGUCCUAGGGGUAGUACCAAUAAUCAAAAUAAUAACAUCAGUAAUAAUAACGCAGUUAACAACAAUGAUAAUUUAAAUAACAACGAGGAAAGACACGAAAACAAUGACAAUAAUUUUGGUGGAAGUGAAAGACCACAAGGUGGACAAGACGCUCCUCGAAGACGUCCUAAACGGUUUGCAAGAAGAUUUUGGAGUAGAAGACCUAGAAGGCCUCGUAGCGACACCGAAGGAAGCCAAAGUGGUGCCGAUGGUGAUGCUAGUGGAAAUGACAAUGCGGUUAAUGCUCAGGAAAAUCGUGAACAAAGACCUCGCCGUCAAAGACGUCAACAAUCAGCAGGAGGUACCGGCUACCGCGCUCGAAGAAUGGGUCGAGGAAGACGGGGUCCACCUCGGGGAGCUCGUGGUCAAAAUAAUAAGGAUGACAAAGCUCAAAGUUCAGAUCGAAAGGGAGCUGCAUCUGAUAGUUCAGCUCCGCCGCGCGAACCUGCAUUAUCUGUACAAUCUUGAACUUUAAAGGAAGCUUUCUUUGAUUAACUGGUUUUACAUUCAGUUUGAUCCUCAAACAAUGAUCCAUGUAAAUGGCUUUCAUCAUAACCGGAUAUCGAAUAAAAUUUUUAAAUUAGUUUGAUA